AUGGAUGAGAUCGGCCAAUGGCUCGGCAGGACUCAGCUGCGGCCUUUCCGUGCAGUGUGCCAGCAGAGCAGGCGUCAAGGAGCGGUGUGCCCCUGGAGGCAGCUGGGCCCUGGCAUCCGCGACCUCGAAGUGAGCCUCACCAGGCUGUGCGAUGAUCGAUCAGGCGCACUCUAUGUUUGCAAUCGCACUCUGACGCCCGCUUGCGACGAUCUGUGCGACAGAAGUGUCGGUCCCCAGACCCUCAGCCUGAAAGACCUCCAGUCCUACCUGGACUUCAUCGUGUCCCGCAAUCCGUUCGGAGGAGAUCUGGAGCCCUGGGACGUGCCCCAGGUAGACCUCACGGAGCCGGAAGCCUACGUUUUUGUCUCGCAGCGUCAGGCGCUGUACACGGCGCUCCGCACUUUGGCAUUGAAGCUUCGUGAUCCGACCUCACAAGCCCUUGCCCAAGGAUUCGAAGCAUCCUUGAAGGUCGAGUCUUGGAUUCAAGCAAACCCCGUCUUCGAGACAGUCAUCACUGGAGCGAAGCUCAAAUGCUCUGCCUGCCCAGUCGCUGCACAUGCGUACCAGUCGGCACUGACGGAUGACAGCUUUGGCAUAAGCUUCAAGCAGCCGCUUACAGGUACGGAGAGACUGGAGGAGAUCCAGGCGAAGGUCGACUAUCUCUGGGUGCAGAGGUUGGAGCUUCCAAUAGAAGUUGAAUCUGGCUGGCGAGCCAUCGCGAUACUUCCGAGCGUGACUUUCGCUCAGGGAGAGGCUGGCCAGCAGAUAAGGCUGGAUUUCUUCGACGGCAGCAGGCUGCUGUGGACAGUCCAAGACAUGAUCUUCGAUGGGGUGCUGGGCGAGACAGACGAGCCACAAGAAGGUUCCUUGGUGCACAAAGCACCGUUGCGGUCAGGAAAGCUUUUCGUGGAAUGCUCAAGUUUGACUGCGCGAUCAAGAUCUGAAAAGCCUGCAGACAAGCGGGGCUCGUACCUUGGCUCCAGCCUUUACUUUAAGUGUGACAGUGUUGAGUACAUCACGCUUAACGCAGCCGUCUUACCCCCAAGGCACAGCCAUCUUCCAAAAUACCAGAGGCAGAGUUGCGAAGCCAUGGAGCACUGGUUCGAAGUAGAGUCGCUUGCGGUGACAAACAUCAUUGACAAUGACACCGACUUCCUGUCCACGGCCGCAUGCAACAAGGAUGGCAGUGUCAGCUAUCAGUCUGAAGUGGCUCAGCAUGUGGCGCGUGGGGACACGAGCCUCAACUUUCCAGAUUUCUGCUCCGCUGCUCAUGGACUCUCCCUCUUGCUCACUGCCGAGGUGACUACAACGGCGGGUCGUGAGAAGAGGUCUGUGCUCUUGGAUGCUGGCCCGUGUCCGCGGCUAUGGGAAGCAAACGCCAAGAAGUUGCAGGUCGACCUAGCUUCCGUCGAGUGCAUCGUCCUGUCGCAUUACCAUGCCGACCACUCGGGUGGAUUAACCGGCGCAGUGCCACUCAUUGCAUCAGCCCGCCAGGAAGCCGGCAGGGGGCCUGUCCACCUGGACCUGCACCAGGACCGUCCCGAGUCCAGGGCUGUGCAGUUGCCGUCUGGGACCACCCUGCCGCUACAGCCCGAGACCCCGACCUUCGAAGAAUUCCGGCAGCUGGGGGCCGACCUCGUGCUGAGCAAAGAGCCGCACGUCGUGUCAGACUGCUUCUUCGUCAGUGGGGAGAUCCCUCGACAGACCUGCUAUGAGAAAGGCCUGGUUGGUUCCAAGCGCUUAGAAGACAAUGAUUGGAGGGAUGACAAUGACAUCGACGAGGAGCGGUAUGUGGCCGUGAAGGUCAAGGACGCCGGCGUCGUGGUCUUUUCAUCUUGUUCGCAUGCAGGAAUUGUGAAUGUGUGUCGGCAUGCCCGCGACCUUUCUGGAGUACCACUGCUAGCAGCAAUGGGCGGCUUCCACUUAGGCGGCGCAGGGCUUGAGGAGCGUGUCAGAGACACCAUCCAUGACCUCGUUGAGCUGCGACCCAAGGCAAUCCUGCCAGGGCACUGUACUGGAUGGCGUGCCAAGAUUGCGAUUGCACAGGCGAUGCCUGGACAGUACAUUCCAGCUCUUGCUGGAGGAAGGUACAUCUUCAGUGCCUCAAAGCUUUAG